CCUCCGUCUUUCUCCACUUUCCCCAUCUUCACAAAACAUAAAACCUAUAAUAAUAGUCUUAAACCCUUGGCUUGCUCCUAAACCCUACUGUCUACCUCUCCGUCUGCAUUCUUUUCGUUCUGUGCAUAAUACUUGCAACCAUAGAUAGAGAAAAUUAGAGGAAAUCUUUGAAGUGCUGAUGGCGUCGGUAGCCUUGAAGACGAACUAUCGGUGCGCGCCGUUGCUGCAACAGUUCUACACCGGGGGGGCCUUCACCGUUGCCUCCGACGGCUCUUUCCUCGCCUGCGCCUGCUAUGAUUCCAUCAAAAUCGUCGACGUUUCGAAUGCUUCUGUGAAGUCCACGAUUGAGGGCGACUCGGAGGCCGUUACGGCCCUUGCUCUCAGCCCCGACGACAAGCUGCUCUUCUCGGCGAGUCACAGCCGACAGAUUAGGGUGUGGGAUCUCUCCUCUCUCAAGUGCCUCCGUUCUUGGAAGGGGCAUGAUGGUCCUGUCAUGGGCAUGGCUUGUGAUGCAUCGGGCGGGUUACUUGCAACAGCAGGAGCUGAUAGGAAAGUCCUUGUUUGGGAUGUGGAUGGUGGAUUCUGCACCCAUUACUUCAAAGGUCACAAAGGGGUCGUGGCUAGUAUCAUUUUCCAUUCUGACCCCAAUCGUUUGAUCCUUUUUUCUGGAAGUGAUGAUGCAACCAUACGUGUUUGGGAUCUCCAAACAAAGAAGUGUGUUGCUACACUCGAGAGGCAUUUCUCAGCAGUGACUUCUAUGGCAGUAUCUGAAGAUGGACGGACCUUGAUUAGUGCUGGAAGAGAUAAGAUCGUUAAUUUGUGGGAUCUUCAUGACUAUGCCUGCAAGAUGACUGUGCCGACAUAUGAGGUGCUUGAAGCUGUUUGUGUUGUUCGAUCUGGGACUUCUCUUGCAUCCUGUCUUGGGUCAUGUAAAUCUCAGAGUGGCAAGAAAAGAAUCGGGUCACCCCCAAUUUCUUUUGUUACAGUUGGUGAACGUGGAAUUGUACGGAUAUGGAAUUCUGAAGGUGCAGUUUGUCUGUUUGAGCAGCAGUGCUCUGAUGUUACUGUCAACUCUCAGAAAGACGACUCAAAAAGGGGUUUCACGGCUGCUGUUUUGCUGCCUUUGGAUCAAGGGUUGCUCUGUGCCACUGCUGAUCAGCAUUUUCUUUUCUAUUCACCAGCUAUUUACUCUGAAGAGAAAUUAAAGCUAAACUUAAGCAAAAGGUUUAUUGGGUAUAAUGAACAAAUUGUGGAUAUGAAGUUUCUUGGUGAUGGUGAAGAAUUCCUUGCAGUUGCGACAAAUCAUGAACAGGUACAAGUGUAUGACCUUGCAUCAAUGUCAUGUUCCUAUGUAUUGGCAGGUCAUACUGACAUUGUUCUAUGCCUUGACACUUGUGUAUCAAGUUCUGGAAGAAAGCUUAUUGUCACGGGAAGCAAAGACAACAGUGUGAGGUUGUGGGAUAUGGAAAACAGGUCUUGUAUAGGAGUUGGGGUUUUCACCCAAAAAGUUGGAGUUGGUGUGGGUGGCGAAGAUGAUCAACGUGGUGUUGGAGCUGUUGCUUUUUCCAAGAAACAGCGGAACUUCUUUGUAAGUGGUAGUAGGGAUCUUAUGCUUAAGGUGUGGAGUUUGGAUGGUCUCUCUGAUGGUGUGGAACAGCCUACUAAUCUGAAAACGAAAGCAGUUGUGUCAGCCCAUGAUAAGGAUAUAAAUUCUUUGGCUGUUGCUCCAAAUGACAGUUUUGUCUGUAGUGGUUCACGGGAUCGCACAGCUCGUGUUUGGAGGCUUCCGGAUCUGGUAUCUGUAGUUGUACUCAGAGGGCACAAAAGGCAAAUUUGGUCUGUAGAGUUCUCACCAGUUGAUCAAUGUGUUAUAACAGCAUCUGGUGAUCAAACAAUAAAAAUAUGGGCUAUAUCUGAUGGUUCCUGCUUAAAAACAUUUGAAGGGCAUACAUCCAGUGUAUUAAGAGCAUCAUUCCUUUCUCGUGGGACCCAGUUUGCUUCUUGUGGUGCUGAUGGCUUGGUCAAGCUGUGGACGGUCAAAGAUAAUGAAUGUGUUGCUACUUAUGAUCAACAUGAAGACAAGGUAUGGGCCUUGGCUGUUGGGAAGGAAACAGAAAUGCUUGCAACUGGUGGCAAUGAUGGUGUCAUCAAUCUGUGGAAUGACUCUACUGUUUCUGAUAAAGAGGAAGCUUUUCGUAAAGAAGAGGAAGGGGUUCUGAGAGGUCAAGACCUUGAAAAUGCCAUCUUAGAUGCCGACUACACUGAAGCAAUUCAAAUUGCUAUUGAACUUCGCAGGCCUCAUAAACUUUUUGAACUAUUUGCUGAACUUUGCAGGAAGAGAAAGGCUGAAGAUCAGAUAGAAAAAACACUUCAUGCUCUUGGCAAGGAAGAAUUUCAUCUACUGCUUGAGUAUGUUCGAGAAUGGAACACUAAGCCAAAACUCUGUCACAUUGCUCAAUUUGUGCUUUUCCGGGUUUUCAACAUUCUUCCCCCAACAGAGAUUAUUGAGAUCAGAGGCAUUGGAGAACUCCUUGAAGGUCUUAUCCCAUACUCCCAGAGACAUUUCAACAGGAUCGACAGGCUCAUAAGAAGCACACUUUUGUUGGACUACACUCUUACAGAAAUGUCUGUUAUUGAAUCGGAAACUGAUGCAAAGGGUCUGAACAGCCAGCCUGAGUUGCACUCUGAUAUUGAGGAUGCAGAUGAGGGACCAUUAGCAGAAAAUGCAACUGAUGCAGUGCAGAAGCUGAAAGACAAGCAUGAGUUGCACUCUGAUCUUGAGGAUGCUGUUGAGGGGCCAUUAACAGAAAAUGCAGCCAAUGCAGUGCAGAAGCAGGCUUCUGAAGAGCAGAAUGAGAAGUCUUCUACUAAGAAAAGGAAGUCGCGAAAAUCCAGAGAAGGUGUGCGCAAGAAAGUUAAAGGGACGGCUCACGGGAAUGCCUCAGCUAUUUCAUUAGAGGCAUAAGACGCAAGAUUUGUAGUUUUAUGUUUCAGAGUGUACAAUUUUGCCUACAUACUCAUGUUCCCUCUUUUAUACAAGUAAUAUUAGAUUAUUUCUUGUUUAUUUAUACAUUUAAUUACAAGAUGAUUGAUUUUGCACAUAAUCAAUUUAGUGUUCAGGUGGUGUAUUUUAACGAUGACUUGUAUUGAAAAGUGAUUAUGAUGAUCUGUUUGUUGUCAAAUUAUUAAAAUGAUUAUUAGUGACUAAAUGCCAUUUUGAUUGUAUUA